CGAAAGCCGCUCCGCCUCUUCCGAGAGGGGUCAAGGCCCUGCAGGCGGGAUCCUGGAUCCUGAGGGUUCGGGGCGCUCAGGAGUCAGGGCAGCCCCCGCCCGGCGCCAUGUCCCGGAACCUGCGCACCGCACUCAUUUUCGGUGGCUUCGUCUCUCUGAUCGGCGCCGCCUUCUACCCCAUCUACUUCCGGCCCCUAAUGCGGCUGGAGGAGUACCAGAAGGAACAAGCCAUUAAUCGAGCUGGCAUUGUUCAGGAAGACGUGCAGCCACCAGGGUUGAAAGUGUGGUCUGAUCCAUUUGGCAGGAAAUGAGGAGGCUGUCACUACUCUAAUUAUGAAAGUAGAUGUCUUCCUGCUUUCGAUUCUGCACUGAGGACACUAAACCCCCCCACUAUAAAAUGAUGGCUGGAGAAGAAAACCCUCUAACGCCAUAAAUAAGAGUGCUUGUAAGAAAAGACUACACAAGGAUCGAUAGUUCCCUUCUUAAGUAUCAAGAGAACCCUGGAGCAAAUUAUACCAUUAGGAAGGCUCUCAUGAUUCGGUUGGCUUUCCCCAGAUGAAGCUCUCUCACCAGCUGUGUUCGGAGAAGAUCUGUGUGUUAUUCAGCCUGUACCACUUACCCAACUGAACUGCGAUGUGAAUACAAUCAACCAGUGGCCUUGACGAGGUCGGGGCUUAUUGUGCCAUCUUCCACACAAGAGAUUUCAGUGAAAAACCAUCAUACUGAGCAGCCUCAUCGGGCACUGUGGAAAUGUUCAAGUGGAUAAAGCUCUUGGGGUCAAGAUACUUUGUGCUGUUUAAGAGUUUAAGAAUAAACAGUUUGGCUUAACCAUCUAUUCUUGAAGAUUGGUCCAUAUUGAAAAAUAAGUAAAAUAUGAAGCAAGUCAAAUGAGAUAGAUACACAUGCAUCAGAGACAUAAAUGGUGAAUGAACAGAAGCAAAAAUACGUAUAUUAAAAUGAUUUAUUUGGACUUCACAGUGGUGGUCUUAAAUGCUUUUGUAGACUUUUUUUGUGAGCCAAUUAAAUUAUAGUACCAACAAAUGCUA